CGGAGGAGCUGAUUUAUGGCUCCGAAAGCCACCGGUACCGUGUUGUGGCGGUGGCGCCUCGCACCCCCUCCCCCGUCCGUCCGCGGUCCCCCAUCGGCGAUCGCGAGCCUAAGCCCGGAUCCCUUGCUAAGAGGCCCGCACCGGACUCGCGGGAGCGCGGAGCGCGUGGAGCCCUGCGCUUCCUCCCGCGCGGGGCGGGGGCGGGGGACACGGGUGGGGACGACCGCCAGGACACCCCUGUUCCGCUGUCACGGCUCCCCGCACCGCCCCCGUCCCGCUCCACGCCCCCACCGCUGCCGGUGCGGAAGACUGCGAUGCGGGUGGGACGGGACCCGCGGGUCGCCCUGCCUGUGGCCCCGUGCAGCUGUUCCCUUUCCUCCAAGUCACCGGCUCACAGCAAAGGAAGUGUUUGACAAUGAUGGGAAACCUCGAGUGGAUAUCCUAAAAGCACAUCUCAUGAAGGAGGGCCGGCUGGAAGAGAGUGUGGCAUUGAGGAUAAUAACAGAGGGUGCUUCGAUUCUGCGACAGGAGAAGAACUUGCUGGACAUCGAUGCGCCCGUCACAGUUUGUGGGGACAUCCAUGGACAAUUUUUUGACUUGAUGAAGCUCUUCGAAGUGGGGGGAUCUCCUGCCAACACUCGCUACCUCUUUCUGGGGGACUACGUUGACAGAGGAUACUUCAGCAUUGAGUGUGUGCUGUAUUUGUGGGCCUUGAAAAUUCUUUACCCUAAAACACUGUUUUUACUUCGUGGAAAUCAUGAAUGUAGACAUCUAACAGAGUAUUUCACAUUUAAACAAGAAUGUAAAAUAAAGUACUCGGAGCGCGUCUAUGACGCCUGCAUGGACGCCUUCGACUGCCUGCCCCUGGCCGCCCUGAUGAACCAGCAGUUCCUGUGCGUGCACGGCGGGCUGUCCCCAGAGAUCAACACACUGGACGACAUCAGGAAAUUAGACCGAUUCAAAGAACCACCUGCUUAUGGGCCCAUGUGUGACAUCCUGUGGUCGGACCCCCUGGAGGACUUCGGGAACGAGAAGACUCAGGAACAUUUCACCCACAAUACAGUCCGGGGGUGUUCGUACUUCUACAGUUACCCAGCUGUCUGUGAAUUCUUGCAGCACAAUAACUUGUUAUCCAUACUCCGAGCCCAUGAAGCCCAGGAUGCAGGGUAUCGCAUGUACAGGAAAAGCCAAACAACAGGCUUCCCUUCUCUAAUUACAAUUUUUUCAGCACCAAAUUACUUAGAUGUAUACAAUAACAAAGCCGCGGUAUUAAAGUACGAAAACAAUGUCAUGAACAUCAGGCAGUUCAACUGUUCCCCACACCCAUACUGGCUCCCGAACUUCAUGGACGUCUUCACCUGGUCUCUGCCGUUCGUCGGGGAAAAAGUGACUGAGAUGCUGGUCAAUGUCCUCAACAUCUGCUCUGAUGAUGAACUUGGGUCAGAAGAGGACGGCUUUGAUGGAGCCACGGCAGCGGCCCGAAAGGAGGUGAUUCGGAACAAGAUCCGCGCCAUCGGGAAGAUGGCCAGGGUGUUCUCAGUUCUCAGAGAGGAGAGCGAGAGCGUGCUGACACUGAAGGGCCUGACCCCCACCGGCAUGCUGCCCAGUGGCGUACUCUCAGGAGGCAAGCAGACCCUGCAAAGCGCUACUGUUGAGGCUAUUGAGGCUGAUGAAGCUAUCAAAGGCUUCUCGCCCCAGCAUAAGAUCACUAGCUUCGAGGAGGCCAAGGGCUUAGACCGGAUUAAUGAGAGGAUGCCACCCCGCCGAGAUGCCGUACCCUCGGACGCCAACCUCAACUCUAUCAACAAGGCCCUCGCCUCAGAGACUAACGGCACGGACAGCAACGGCAGCAACAGCAGCAAUAUUCAGUGACCACCUCCUGCUCACCCCUUUUUCCUUUUUUUUUUUUUUUUGUUUUUUUUUUUUUUUUUUGUUAGCUGCAGGGCAUGAUGGGGAUUGCUGCGUGCCCGAGGGUGUGUUCUUGCCUCUGACCUAUCUUGUGUGCUCUGGGGGCCAGGCGUUCGAUUUCGUUUACACAAUCAGUAAAGGAGAGGGGGAGAGAGAAGAAACUAUAUUUGGUGAGGGCAGUGAUUAAGCACCUCUUUUGGGUAUGCCUUUUAAAAAUGCUUCUAGGGAAAAAAUUUUAAAAAAGAGAGCUACGCUAGUAUAUAACACGAUGCUAGAGGUGAACAUAUUUUUCCUGCUGCGUUGGGGACUUCCAUGUAGGUUCAUGAAAGGCCUUUUAUUCUGUUACUGGACAUGGAAAUUUUGUCUAAUUUCUUACUCUAUUGUACGUUUACAGUUGCAGCACUAAAAUGGAUGACAUCAAACAUUUUUAACAAAACUGAUGUACAAACUAAAUAAGGACUAUUUAUUGAUAAUGUUUUGCUACUCUUGUCAGACAAUGGCUCUAAACUGAAUUAGGCAGUCUUAAAAAAAAACAGAAAAAGAAAAAAAAAGAAUGUUGCAAAUUUGUUAAAAAUGCCAAAAAGGACAGUUUAAUUUUGUACAGAUUAUGCUUACCUCAGGUUUCUUUAGUAUGCUUGACUGCCCUUCUUUCUAUUAUAACACUUACCUUUUAAUUUAGCAGUGAGUAUCUUUCCUUUUUCUUUAAGUUUAAAAUAACUGGAAAUUACACCUAUCUUUUUUUGCUGUUUAUAUUUAGGGAUUUUGUUGAUAAAUCAAGUCUUGGUUGUAGCUUGCUGAGUUAAAUAUUUAUGAGUGGUGCAUUUUUAAGUAUAGUGAACAAGACACCAUAUUAAGUACAGUGAUAAAGCAUCUAUAUUCUGUAAAAAAAAAAAAAAAAUCUGCCUAUGCAUGUUUUUUAAGAAAAAAAAAAAUGGCUGUUUUGGCCUGUAUGGGACUGUAACGCACUUAGUGGUCUGACAUGUACUGGAAAUGUAUGUAUCCUGGCGUACUUUAUAUUCUCUAAAAUGCUUAAUGCCUUUGAAAUUUUAUAAUCAAAAAGCUUUGAAAAAAUCUAAAGGGGAGAGUAUUCUUAAAAAGUUUUUAACAUAAGCUUGUCAGUGCACACAUAGAUGGUUAGCAUGUUUAGCAAACCUUGUGAAAUUUAAUAAGUUUGUAGUUACAUGUGAAACUAAAUGCAUGGUAACUGUUAAUAUCAUGACAGUUUAGUUAUUUCGUUCUGUUCUGUCAUGUGCCACAAACUAUUUCUUUUUUUCACUUUUUUCCCUUUGUAUAUCAGUUACGGGUGACAACUGGUUCAUUCUGAAAACAACAAAAAUAACAAAAGUCCAUUCAUAUUUUUUAACAAUUGUAUAAGUGCCCAGGUAAUUCACUACAGCCUAAAGCCUUGCCUUUGUAAUUUGACUUCUGAAAUGUUGGCGAUCAAAGCAUGCACUUGUAACAAUGAAAAAGAAAAGCAUUUUAUAUUACUACUCAAUAAAAUGUGCAUGAACUUAAAGAAGCUCAUCUGUCCCUGUGUCUGCUGAGGGGUUCGUGUGACAGCCACGCCCUGCAGUCACCCGCACAGGCGGAGACACAGUGCCCACUGUGCCCCAGAAUCUGGGAGGAGGCGUCUCAGAUGAGGCGAGGGCAGGCUGUGUAGAGAGCAAUGCGUGGCUCCCUGCAUGCAGGGCCGGUUGAGAAACCAGAGCACCCUGUUGGUUUAUUUGUCUCUGUUGUGUCAGAUGCCCGCCUGCUGAGGUGCAGAUUGGCGCUGCCCAGCGCAUUUCCUGCCGACUGAAUUGGUUGGUUUGGAGGAGAUGUGCAUCCCACACUCCAGCUCCUAGCUCAUCACCAAGAUUUGACAUACACCCAGUACCAGUUUGUCUCUGACUUUGCUCGUUUCUAGCGCACUUGGUUUUAUGUAAUAAAAUAUGGCUGUUAUAUUGAGGCAUAUGAACAUGACAGUUAGUGAUAGAGGGUACCAAACCCACAAUGUUCUAGACAAAGUCUCUGAAAAUGACUAUCCCAUGAUUAAUCAGAUUCUUUCUCCUGUGGAUAUUUUCCCAUCUUAAGAGUAACAUUCAAGGGAGAUCAUGAGGUGCAGCUUACUAGAAUGAUGUGAAAGAAAUGAUAAUUGUGGUACCAAGGUGUUCAUUUUUUUCUUAUACCUGCAGAGAAAAUAUCCUGACCAAAAACAAUCAUUUUUUAAAAAUUCCUUUCUUUUACAAAUUGUGCUAAGGCAACUGUGGCAUAGAAAUAAACAUUUGACAUUGAAAUAAGCA